CCCGCUUUUUUCUCCUUCUUUUCAUUUUUCGCCAGAGGGAGUUACCCGCCUAGGCGUAACGGAACUGUCCAAGCUGUCAGGCUUGGCCUGAUGAGACGAGAAUACUUCGGAUCUAAUAGUUCGAGUAUGGUUCUAGUAUCACGGUCGUAUAGGUUGUAAUUGGUUUUUUUUUUUUCACUCGACUCAUCGUGGCAUGUGUGUAUAAUAUAGUCUUGGCCUCUGUAUAUAAAAUAGGACAUCAGCCUGGGAGAUAAUCUAGCUACACAUCCAUCAAUCUACAUCAGAUCCAAGAUCAACGACUACUAUCUAUCAGAUCAAUCAAUCAGAUCAAAGCAUCUACAAAACAAUCAUCAAUCAUGCAGGGUGAUAUCUUUCAGCUUGAGCAAAUGGCUGCCACUCAGGUCGUCGCUCACGUCGAACCCAGCACUGUCCCACAAGACACUAAGACCGACCCUCAGGUCGCCAUCUAUAAUGAGGACGACCUUUCACAUCUACUCUAUAUGAACCACCUACACCGCAACGGCCACAAGGACAAGGUUAUUGUCAACCACGUCUACCGUGAUGGCUACACAACACCAUUGGGGUCCCUGCCAUCGGGUACACAGACGCCCGAAUCAGAGACCAACGAAACCCCGGUCCUCAGCGACUGCGAGUCCGACUUCGACGAAGGUGUGUACUUACCAUCCUCACUGGAUCCUUAUUCCCGGAAGAGUCCACUAAGAUUUGAAGACGGCUUCCAAUUUCCCGUUUUUCUCGGCAGGCAGGAGGAGGAGACGUCGCAUGCCGCGGCGCUCGUGUCCGAACUAGACACCCGGCCGAAGCAGGUCCGCAUAGCUACACCGGAGGAACACCACAUCUCCAACAUCUCGGGGCCGCUGAUGUCAUGGUGGCCCGCCUCGGAGGAGCUCAUGGAGCACGAAUGGAUCGAGGAGGAGGCGGUCGAAUACAAGGCCCCUAAGAAGACGUCGCAACAUCAGCACGUCUCCAACAUUGAGGGUCCCUUGAUGUCCUGGUGGCCUCUUCCGCUCGAGGUACUGGAACACGAAUGGGACGAACGAUUUUACGAAUAAAGAGGCUGCGCUUCAGUGACGCUUCUCUCCUUCUUUGGCGAUUUUUGGCUUUAAAAACGGGCAUGGAGUUCGGUGCAUUUUUCAGCUUAUAUUAUACCCUGGCGUCAGUUUUACUCGUACCCAUCUACGCAGAAUGAGCCCUCGAGCCUAUAGACUUUUUGCUUUUCUAUCGGUAUCCGACAGGCUUAUGGAGUUGAAACAAGGCCAGGGGAAUAAAUCUACAAUCAUGUGUAUGUGAUGGAUAGGGAGAGGUUUCGGUUUCGGUUUCGGUUUCGGUUUCG